GUGAACGUCAGUUGAUGGAUAUACAGAAAUUUUUAAAUUAUAAGAUCUGUUUUUCUUAUCCCUGUGUGAAAUGGCGAAUCUUUCUUUAACUUUAGAUUCUGCAGUAUUGACAAAAUUAAGUAAAUCAUAUCCUGAAGAGUGUUGCGAUGAUAGUUAUAACGGCUCUGGGUAAAACGGCAAUCUCUCUCUCUUCCCCCACCCAACUUCUUUUGGUAUCUGAUGGCAAAAGUUCAGAAUGUGCAUCAGGCAGUCUUAAAGACCUCCUGGAAUGGUUAGCAGUGCCUCCAGCAUUCAGCACUCUGCGAGUCAAUACUUUUGUUGUAUCCAGUAGUGAAGCUUUGAUGCAAGUUGUGAAGCAACUUAAAGAGACAUGUAAUUUGCAAGGAAAACCUGAAUUGAGAGUGGAAAUACACCCAACUCUCUUUGACUGUCUACUUGUACACAAUACUGGUCCACACCUUCCUCAGCAACAGGCAGAGAAGGAGGUGAUUGUUGAUCAUGCCUGUGGCAUGGCAGUUCUUCGAGGUGCAGAUGUCUUCAAACAAGGCAUUGUUGGAGCUCCUUUGUCAAUGAAAUGUGGUGAAAGGGUGAGAGUUAUGGCUGACUUAGAUGCAAGAUGUCUUCGAGGUUUCAGCCGCGUGUACCAGGGGAGCAAAAUGUAUGUGGGGACAGGUGUGGCUCUGGUAGACAGAGAUGAGCUCUUCUGCACGUCAGCAGUGUCAAGAGGUGUUGGUGUACAGAUGUCAGAAGCCUUGUACCAUUCACCAUCUUUAUCAGAUUUUCUACCAAAGAUUGUAUUUCCACAAAAUCUUCCAUCUAUCAUCUGUGGCCAUGUUUUGGGGCCUAGGCCUGGUGAAACCAUCCUGGAUAUGUGUGCAGCACCAGGUGGAAAAACAAGUCAUAUAGCUGCACUUAUGAACAACGAGGGCAGAGUAGUGGCAUUGGACAAGACAGCAGACAAAGUUGCCAAAAUCAGAAGUAACCUGGAAAACUUUUGCCUCACAUGUGUAGAAUCAUACGUGUUUGAUGCAAGGAAAGCUUGCAGCAAGGACUCAGAUGAGGUUGGAGAGCCGCCCUACCCGCCGGCCACGUUUGACCGCGUGCUGCUGGACGGUCCGUGCAGUGCGUUGGGUCAGCGCCCCGCAGUCCGUAACAAGAUGACAGCCGGCUGUAUGGCCUCCUUCCCCAAACUACAACGCAUGCUGCUGACCGCGGCGGUGCAUCUAGUGCGUGAGGGUGGAACUCUUGUGUACAGCACUUGUUCGUUACCUGUGGAAGAGAAUGAAGAUCAGGUAGCUUGGGUACUGGACAAUUUUCCAGCACUUGUCCUUGAAGAGCAGACCCCUCACUUGGGAGGAUGCGGCCUCGCCCACUCGUCAUUGUCAGCUGCAAACUGUCGCCUGGUGCAACGGUUUGACCCAAGCCGCUUAUCUCGAAUUGCCACCAGAGACUGUAAUUCUGACACUAUCGGCUUUUUUAUCGCCAAGUUCCGCAAAGUGUCUCGAUAAUAAAUAUUGGUCAUCGAA